CCACACCUCCCCAGCACUCUCCACCCACAACUGCAGCGCGCACUUCUUCUGACGGUGCCAGCUCUUCUCAUCCGCCCACGAGCCGACCACACCUCCGUACACACAACAGCCUGAACACAUAGGCUCCCAAUGGCCGAGUCAGCUUCCCCAAUUGGCAUUGCCAAUCUGCCCAACCAGAGGCACAAGAUUGUCGCCAAGCGCGGUGCUGCCUUCACUAUCAUGGUUGCUGGCGAGUCCGGUCUCGGAAAGACAACCUUCAUCAACACCCUCUUCUCCACCACCAUCAAGAACUAUGCCGACCACAAGCGACGACACCACAAGCAGAUGGACAAGACUGUCGAGAUUGAGAUUACCAAGGCCGAGCUCGAGGAGAAGUUCUUCAAGGUCCGUCUGACUGUCAUUGACACGCCCGGUUUCGGCGACUACGUCAACAACCGCGAUUCGUGGCAGCCCAUUAUCGAGUUCCUCGACGAUCAGCACGAGUCCUACAUGUUGCAGGAGCAGCAGCCGCAGCGUAAGGAGAAGAUCGAUCUUCGUGUACAUGCCUGCUUGUACUUCAUCCGUCCUACUGGCCACACCCUGAAGCCCCUCGACAUCGAAGUCAUGAAGAAGCUGUGCACACGCGUCAACCUGAUCCCUGUCAUUGCCAAGGCCGACACCUUGAGCCCCCAGGACCUUUUGAAGUUCAAGACGAGGGUUCGCCAGGUCAUUGAUGCUCAGGGCAUCAAGAUCUACCAGCCCCCGCUCGAGGACGACGAUGCUGCCGCCAUGGCGCACGCCCACGGCCUGAUCGACGCCAUGCCCUUCUCCGUUAUUGGCUCUGAGAAGGACGUUCAGACCAACGACGGCCGCACCGUUAAGGGCCGCCAGUACGCCUGGGGUGUCGCCGAAGUCGAGAAUGAGGAGCACUGCGACUUCAAGAAGCUUCGCGCUAUCCUCAUCCGAACCCACAUGCUCGAUCUUAUCCACACCACCGAGGAGAACCACUACGAGGCGUACCGCGCACAGCAGAUGGAGACACGGAAGUUUGGCGAGGCUCGUCCAAGGAAGCUCGACAACCCCAAGUUCAAGGAAGAGGAGGAGGCUCUCCGCAAGCGCUUCACCGAGCAGGUCAAGGUCGAGGAGCAGCGAUUCAGGCAGUGGGAGCAGAAGCUCAUUGCAGAGCGCGACCGCCUCAACAAGGACCUCGAGGCCAGCCACGCCGAGAUCAAGCGUCUCGAAACCGAGGUCGAUUCUAUGCAGGGCAGCGUCAACCGCUCGCACGGCCGUCGCUAAGCAUAUCGCAUGGUGUUUGUGUCAUGGCAAUGGUUGCUGUGCACUAAGGCGUCGAUCUUCAAUAUUCUUCCUUCGAGAUUCCCCUCUUUAUUUCGAAUUUCCAUAUGUUUGUAAUGCCACUUCGCGACGGGGUUACGGGUUCCAGGUUGAACGAAAACGUGUACUGGGUUAGGGGGCUCGAGUAACAUGUUAUACCUUAUAGCUAUCUACUUGGUAGAUUAAUCUAGCUCGGU